GACCUUAGUGCAACUUUCAUGAUUCAUGAAAGUUUCGUGACACAGCUGAUGAAAACCAGUGGCCGUGAAGGUGUCUUUUUCAAAAUCCACAGCAGUUCCGAAGCCGGUUAUCAGUUCGAGCUUCUUUGGUUACCGGAUGAUGUCAGUCAUGAACAAGCUUUGCAAUAUGCUGAAUCAGACAAAGUGCUAGGCCUUGUCGCAAAAAAUGCCAAACAGAAACCAAAAUACGCCCUGCGCUUCAGUUCCAUGCAAGACCUGCAAACAUUUGCUGAGCAAUAUGCCCUUUCCAACUCAGCGUCACAAAGUCGCUGGCGCUUGGAUGGUUUGUCGCCCAUUCUUGGGUCUGCAGGUGUGAUCACCCUAUUAGAAGACCGUCAGUGGGUCAUUGACUCGGUCUUAUAUUUUGGUGAGCGCCACUGUGUCUUCACAGCCAGCACUGUGGGAAAUCUCACACCUAUGUUUUACGAAGUCGAUGGUGAAAGUCAGCAGAUGCGAUUCAAAGCUUUGAGCUUAUCAGCCAGAAAUUCUCAAAUUGAAGCAAACAAAAAAGCAAAGAGCCAAGCCUCUAGCAGUGCUGCUGCUACGGCAACUAAUUUUGGGCAACAGAAAGCAUCUUGGUUGAGAUCAUUACGACCCAAGCGUGAAGAAGCUGCUAUCCCGGUAUCACCUGCGAAAAAUGAAUCUGGAAAACGACCUGCGCCAGCCAAGACCGGUGAAACACCACCAGGCAAGCAAAACAAGGAGACCUGA